AUGCGCUACUUCUCCCUCGCUAUCACCGGUCUUCUCGCCUUGACCGCCUCGGCCAGCCCUCUUCCCCUUCAGCUCUCGGAUGUGCUCCCCUCGUCCGACUACAAGGGGCCUACUCCCGCCGAGGUCCAGGCAACUGUAAAGCAGGCGGUGUACAUCAGCCAAAAUCUCAAUUCCGAGAUCACCCGCAUCAUGGGCGAGAUCGAAUCCGACCCACUGCUCAAGCUGGAGCCCACCGGCUACAACACACCUCUCCAGCUGAAGUACGCCUUUGCCCAAGCCAUCGCCGGUAUCGAAGCCCUUCCCACUGUCGCUACCUCUGGCCAGAACGUCCCCGUCUACAUCGCCAACAGCUACGCACCCCUCGUCCGCGUCAUCACGGAGACAGUCUUCUUAUCCCUCCUCGACCUCAAGCGGCUCUUCACCGACGUGGCGCAGAACCCCAUUGCUACCGACAUUGCCACUCAGACCGAUGGCGGACUGUACGAGUUUGUGAUCCUUCUCAGCCGUGUCUUCCAGGGCUCGGGAUGUCAAUUGGCCAAAGCCGUCGGCAAUGACAACGCUGCUGGACAGGCGCUGAAGGUGGCAUCAGAGCGGCUGUUCUACAACCUUUUUGACAGCAUCAGCACUGGUACAUGCAAGUAG